AUGGGAUUAAAAAACACAAUUUGGCUGGACAAUAGAAACAUUAAAGCUUUCAUCAGUAUAUUUCCUAACACGGGUUUAAAAAAGAAGGUCAGACUAAAGAAAACGACUUCAAUUUCCAGUGAGAGUAUUCCAGAUGAAGAUAUUGUAAAUACGCAACCUAUAUCGCUAUCACGCAGUGGCCUGAGCUCAAGUUCCGUUUCAAGAACUAGAAGAAGGUUGAGUUCAAGUUCCGUUUCAAGAACUACAAGAAGGUUGAGUUCAGGUACCCACUCAAUACAAAAGGUGAAUAGAAGCCACGCUAAGAGAACUAGCUCUGGAAAUAUAAUUAGUUCACUGCAGGCAUUGAAAGGGAUCAAUGGCAAUAAUUCUCCACUUGAUUCUAAUGGUAUCUUGGGUACUGAAGAGAAAUUAGACAGUUAUGCGAUCUCGGUGACUAGUCUAAUAGAAGAUGAAACAUCUCCAUACAAGAUAGAUAUAACCCUAGAAAACCUAACAAAAGAAAACAAGGUAAGAAAUCUAGGUUCUGGUGACAAUAAAGCAUUACAAUUAGAUGCCAUACAUAAUCCAGCUCAUCAUGGAGCUUCACACAUAUUUACAGAAUUUAACUUUACAGUCUUGUUUAAGUUAAUAAUGCAUGUCAUUUUUUAUUUGUCCGUGCUUUAUAUUAUACUGAAAAAGAUCGCAGGUUGA